ACCAUAAAUAUCAAUCAUUGUGCUCAAUGCUCCUGGCUUACUCAAAGAACGUUUAUUAUAGUUAAAAUGAAGUAGAUUCCCGAAGUUUAUAAAUGAUCUUGUGCUGUGGCUGUAAGAUUGAUGUAAUGAAUGCAGCAGUAGAGUUAUAGCUUUAGAUGGUUUACACAUGAAGUUUGCAGGCCGACAGCUGUAUCCUCGAGUCCUUAAAUGUUUCAGAUUUUUACAAUGUCAUUGACAAAAGAAGGAAUUUUGAAUCAACAUACAUUGUAUGAAUGUCUUCAUUGUGGAGUACUUUUUUCAUCCUAUGCAAAAUUGCUAAAUCAUGAGAGAAUUCACACAGGUGACACAAGAUUUAAAUGUCGUAUAUGCAAUAAAACAUUUACAAAAUGUUCACAACUGAAGCAUCAUAUUGAAGCACACAGUGAUGUUAGACUGCACAAAUGUAAGUAUUGUGAACGAUCUUUCAAACAAAAAUCUCAUCUGAAAUUACAUAUAAACAGCAAUCAUAGUGUUAGUUACCAAGCAAGUCAGGGGAAAGUUCUUACAAAAGAUAAUCUUAGUAAGAAGCAAGCCUCUGAUAAAGUGAACAGUUCUCAAAAUACAGCACAACCUUCCAUCACUAAUAGUCAACAGAAUAGUGUCAUUUUUAUCAUGGGAACAAAUCCAAAACAUCAUUUUCAACAGUAUGAAACAAUCCGACCCAUGAACAUGGUUGAUGGGAAAACCAAAACACUUAAUAAUGAAACAAAUAAUGAUAAAUUCUUGUGUAAUGAAAAGCCAAAUGAUCAUCUUUGGCAAAAUGGUCAGACAAAUGAUUUAAUUACAAAUUAUCAACGAGUUAAUGGUUUGUAUAAAUGUCAGUUUUGUUUUAAGACAUUCAUCCGUCUCUCUAAUUUGUUGGUACAUGAAGGAACUCAUGCUGAGAAUGUUGUAUACAGAUGUGAGGUAUGUUUAGAGAACUUUCCUGGAACUACCGAGUUAAAUAAUCAUAUGACUCAAUGCAAGAUUGACUCAUGCUUGAAAUGUCUUGCAUGUGGAAAGGACUGCAAUUCAAAACUGGAGUUGAAUUGUAAUGUGAAAACAGAUUCUAACAUUAAAAUCGAAAUUAGCGAGAACUAUGCAAAUUGUAGGCAACCAGGACCUUGUAUCAUGAAUCAAAGAAUGCACAGUGUGCAACACAAUUUCACUUGUGAACUUUGUGGUGAAUUUUUCAUUGGACAAAAUGAUUUGAUUGCUCAUGAAAGAAGUCACGAUGGUGAAAAGCUCUAUGAAUGUUAUUUAUGUCUAAAAACGUUCAAGGAGAAAGCACAAGUGGAGAAACACAUGAAGAUUGUGCACUGCAAUAUAAACACAUCCAAUGACAAAACUGCACACAUCAAUAAAGUCAAGGUAUUAAACAGCGGCUCGUUAAUCACAGAAAAUGCAUCACAUAAAAAAUGUACGGAUGUUGAUGAGCUAUCAAAAGAUAAAUACGGGACUAUAUCAUCUGAUGAAAACAUUGAUGAAAUCACUUCAGCUGCAGUUUUCUUCUGUGAGUACUCCAUGAUUGAGACCAGAUUUAUGAAAGAUAUGAAAUAAAAAUCGAGAUGAUACUUCGUACGACUUUUCUGAGAAGUUUGAGAAGAGAAGCGAGGAAAAAGCAGCUCUAGUAAUUUUACAAGGCGCCUCCCUCUAUGACCGGACGUCUUAAGCCAGCAAGGUGUUAUAAAAGAUAAGCUGGGCAAGGUCAACAUGGAAAAGAAGAAUUAAAGUCUGUCAAUUUAAAGUUGUGAUUCUAAUUUUCUCGAUGUGAACUGUUUUCUAAAUAAACCGUUGCAGUUUCUUUAA